AAAAUCAUUAACGAAAAAUGCAACACUGUAUGACAUAUGACAAACGACGCCAUUUGUUUCAGCGCUAAACACACGUCUUCCGUAAAGAAAUAUUUAAAUUAUUUGUUUUGUUUGUUGAGCCCGUUAAGAUCUAAAAAGUACAAAAUCAAAAUGAUAUGUAGAGCUUGCAUGACUUCGACAGCUCCUGAGUAUAUUGAAAUGCAAUCACAGUUAACGGAUGAACUCUCUUAUUUUGAUGUGUUUGCGACCAGUACACAGUUAAUGGCUACCACUGGCGAUGAUUUACCGGCAACGUUGUGUCUGAAAUGCUUCACAACUUUAGAGACUACAUAUAAAUUUAUUGAUCAGGCACGCAAAAGCGAUUGGAUAUUGCGCAAAAAAGUGGAACUACUCAAAAAGCAAAAUGCUGAAUAUAUAGAUGAAGUUGAAGUGUGCGGAAUUGAAGAAUUGCAUGCAGAUGAGGUACAAAGUAUUGAAUAUAUGGAAAUAGAUAAAAUAAAUGAAGAGGAAGGUUUUGAGAAAAACAUCGAAACUGUCGAAGCGAACACUUUGAUAGAUGUAAAUGGCCUUGAGGAGAAUGAUGAACAAUAUUUGAUUGAAUAUGAUUCUGACCUAUCGCAAAAGUAUACUGGAAGCGCGCGUAAAUGGAAGUGUAUCGAAUGCAAAAUGAUUUUACGUGGUGACGUAUCCUAUGAGGGACAUAUGAAUUAUCAUAAAAAUAUACGUCCUUAUUCAUGCAUAAUAUGCGAAAAUUAUUUUCGUUCCAAAGUCGCCUUAGAUAAACAUAUUUUAAUGUAUCACAAUUGCGAAGAAGAAGGUGUAGAACAAGAAAUAUAUAUGGCGGAUGCAAUAAAUAUUACGGAAAGUGUAGAAAUUUUAGAAACAUCUCCAUCUAUAGAGAAUGUACAAGCCGAAUAUUAUGUAGGAGAAAGUUCGGAAAGUAACGAAUGUUAUGAAAAGUUAAAUAGUACUGAUGUGGAGGAAUAUAGUGAUCAAGAGCCCGAUCAAAAUCAGUUUGGAAAAAGUUACAAUUGCAAUAUUUGCAAAAUCAAAUACAGAUCUGAAUCGUAUUUGAAAGAACAUUACAAAACGCAUUUGAAUUCAUUUCACGUUUGCUAUAUAGAAACCUGCGCUAAGAACUUUUCAUCGGCAGCAAGUUUACGAAAUCAUAUAUGUACUGAUCACCCAGACGAGGUUUCAACUUCAAAAUUCGAGACAAAUAAUGAUGCUGUUGCUACUUGUCCCAUAUGCAAUAAAAAGUUAUUAAGCAAAAAUCUAGAAAAGCAUAUCAUUUUGCACAAGAAGAAAGAAGCAGAAGAAAUGUCUAACACGCCAAAGUUUUUGUGUGCUUAUUGUCCUCGCGAAUUUAAAAGUCAAAAAUCCCUCAAUCAACAUGAGAAAUGUCACAUAGGCCAAAAACCCGAUGUUGCUUAUCCAUGUCUCGAAUGCAAUAAAGAGUAUAAUACGGAGUACCUGUUGGAGCAGCAUCGCAAGCAAGCGCAUAAGGAGAGAGAAUUUCAAUGCAAGAUUUGUGGUAAUAGUUUUAAGCUAAAAAAUCAAUUGAUGAACCAUUUGAAAUUGCAUCUCGAGAAGAAUAUAGAAUGUCCGCAUUGCGACAAAAAGUAUGCUCGCCAUUUCGACUUAAAUGUGCACCUACGCACUCAUACUGGAGAGCUGCCUUAUGCAUGUCAUAUGUGUGAUAAGCGUUUUGCAAUCAAAGUACGUCUUACAUAUCAUAUACAAAAGCAUAUGGGUGUGAAGCAUCCCUGCAAGGAAUGUGGGGCUGAGUUCAAUUCUAAACAGAAACUUAAAGCACAUUCCUUUAAGCACACAGGCAUGCCGUAUCGCUGUGAAUUCUGCGAGGAUCAUGGUUUUGCAAAUCGUGAUGUUUUUAAGCGCCAUCUACUGCGUGUGCAUAAUAGUACCAUGUCUGAUGAUGAUUUGGUAAAAAUGUUUAAACGUAAUACCGGAAAAUCGACACGUAUCACAACUGUUCAAGAGAUAGUCAAGCGAUGAUGUUAUAAAUAAUUUUUUGCUUAAAUAUUUAGUAAUAAUCUUGUGAUCAUUGUUAUUAUAGCUUCGCUAAUUCGCUAUUAAUUAUUAGUCAAUAAUUAGCAGAUAAGUUUUUGUUUGUACCUCGGCAUUAUUUAUUAGUUUUAAUUGCAAUAU